AGUUUAGUCUUUGAUUCGCCUGUUACUUUAGUUGUGAAGACUCCUAACCAAAAGGUGGACGAUUUAAGGAUAGACUGUGCUUUAGAGUGGUCAGUGGAACAACUGAAACGGCAUCUAUCGAGCGUUUAUCCAACCAAACCGGAAAGCCAGCAUCAGAGAAUCAUUUAUUCAGGGCAGCUACUGAACGAUAAUUUAAUCCUGAAAGAUGUGUUUCGCGAGCAUGAAGAUGGAAAACAUCACACUGUGCAUCUCGUGUGUCCAAUGAAGAUGGAAACCAAAUCAACUGAUUCACAAGCAACGAAGGGGUCCAGUACUCCUACAACAAGCAGUGGUGCUACAACUACUGAAACAGCGCCCACCACACCUGUUACACCACAAACAACCACUGAUGGAUUGCGAUACAGAGGGGCAAAUACACCUACCUAUCCACAGUACAAUAUGUACCAGUAAGUGACUAAUUUCCAGUCAGAAGCUAUUCCAAAACUUAAGACAGCAAUACUACAUGUACGUGUAAUUAAACAUUGAGUUGAAAGCAAUUUAUUAGUUAGGGAUCCAAGCAUACAGGUGAACAUGUACUCUGAUUGCCAUACUGGCUGCCAGGAUGGCAAGUAGGCUGCAUAUUAGUGGAGGCAACUGAAAGCUGAAACUUACUAGCCCACUGGGCAAAUAGAUUUCAAUU